AUGUCAACAGCGUGCGGGCCUCGUGCUGUUGAAAGCCAGUUUGCCUGCGUGCCGCUGCACACCAUGGCGGCAGCAGCAGCAGAAGCAGCAGAACUGCAGCAGCAGCAAAAGGAAGAAAAGCAGCAGCAGCAGCAGCAGCAGGAGACGGAGAAGCAGCAGCAGCAGCACCAGCGAGUUAUGGAGCAGCCCCAGCAGCAGGAGCUGCAGCUGCGCAUGCAGCAGCAGCAGGGGCAGCAAAACGUGCAGCAGCCGCAGCAGCAGCAGCAGCAUGCACAGCCGCCGCCGCAGCAGCAGCAGCAGCAGCAGCUGCAGCAGCAGCAGCAGCAGCAGCAGCUGAGGGGAGUAAUGACUUGGAAUGUGGCGGGCUGGAGAUCUGCUGCUGCUGCUGUCAGCAAAGACUGGGGCUCUAUAGAAGCCUUUCUGCAGCGCAUGCACUGCGACUUGGUGUGUCUGCAGGUGAGCAGCAGCUUAAAUAAAUAA